CAUUUUAAAUCCAGGCGGUUGAUAGGAACGGAAGAGAACACACACAUCUUAUUAUCGGCACCAUGCAGAAUAAAGAGAACAGGGAGCCCAGAGCUGUUAAUACACAGGCUGUAGGUGUUGGUCCACUCAGAGUUGGGAUGAAUCCGACAGAUAUACAUGCAGUAACAGGUCCCGGUAGAGUUCCAGUGAAGUCAAACUCCAAAAAAUUAUCCAUCAAAGACUUUGACAUCGGCCGUCCGCUGGGAAAAGGCAAGUUUGGGAACGUGUACCUGGCGAGAGAACGCAAGCUGAAGGUGAUUGUAGCGCUGAAGGUGCUCUUCAAAUCGCAGAUGGAGAAAGAAGGUGUAGAACAUCAACUGAGGCGAGAAAUCGAGAUCCAGUCGCACCUCAGGCAUCCAAAUAUCCUGCGCUUCUAUAACUAUUUCCAUGACGACACGCGUGUGUUUCUCAUUCUGGAGUAUGCUCCCCGCGGCGAGAUGUAUAAGGAGCUUCAGCGCUGUGGACGAUUUGAUGACCAUCGCACUGCCACUUAUAUGGAGGAGUUGGCUGAUGCUCUUCAGUACUGUCACGAGAAGAAAGUGAUUCACAGAGACAUUAAACCAGAAAACCUGCUGCUGGGCUUCAGAGGAGAACUCAAGAUCGCUGACUUCGGUUGGUCUGUCCAUGCACCAUCACUACGACGGCGUACGAUGUGUGGAACGCUGGACUAUCUGCCUCCAGAGAUGAUUGAAGGUCACACUCACGAUGAGAAGGUGGAUCUGUGGUGUAUCGGCAUUCUGUGUUACGAGUGUUUGGUGGGAAACCCUCCGUUUGAAACGGCCAGCCACACAGAAACUUACAAGCGCAUCACUAAGGUGGAUCUUCAGUUUCCUAAAGUGGUGUCUGAUGGCGCUCGAGAUCUGAUCUCCAGACUGCUGCGUCAUAGUCCGUCCAUGCGUCUGCCGCUCCGUAGCGUGAUGGAGCAUCCGUGGGUCAAAGCAAAUUCACGCAGAGUUCUGCCGCCCGUCUGCAACCCGCAGACCGCCCCAAAUCACUGACAGAAACGAGAACAAAUCACAUGAUCAAAGACCGGUCUGAGGUGUGCUGUUUUAGCUCUAGUUUGUGUUUACUGUGAGAGCUGAUAUCAGACUUCACCCCUCAUGAGGGAAACGUCAAGCGUUCAACAUCUCAAAACGCCAGAUUCAUCCUGUAUAUAACCGUUUUAUUCUGACCCUUUAUUGUCUACAUGACUUCGAUGUUUGAUUUUAAACCCUAUAAUUAGUUAUUUUCUGUUUAUUCUUUAAAAGUUUACCUGAUUACUGUGGCUUCUGUUUAUAUUCAUGUCAUCUACUGUUUCUGUAUCGUCUCUUCUGAAUGUGUAUUUCAUGCUUUCAAAUAAUA